GAAUUGUGCUUAAUCCGUGGAAAAUAAUUCCUUAUGUGGCUAUAUAUAUAAUAUCGAAUAUAUCUCGUUGACUUCAAUGAUUGUCUCUGUGAAUUAAGGGUGUUCCCUGUUGGGUCCCCAGAUCCAAAUAUAAGAAGAUGUAGCCAAGACCUAUACAAAUUCAAAGUUUACUGCUGAGCUGUUAGAUCUGGAGUCUGGAGAUCGGAGAUCAGAGAUCUUAAGGAUCGAUCGGACGAUAACAUUUUUCUCGGUUGUCUUUUGUAUGGAUUGUUGGAAUGGAAUCUAUAAACGAAAUAAUUGAUUCACAAUCGUUUUGUCAUCAAUUGGUUGACGAAGCCAGUGAAUUUAUCACCGUUGGACAGGGACAACAUGGCCAGGAAAGUGAUUCGGACUGUGAGGGUGUUGAAACAGUGCGAAGAGGAGGAGGAGGCGGCGGUAUCAAGUAUAGGAAUACGGAUACGGAUAGGGAUACGGUUACGAUUAGGGAAUCGCCGUCAGUGUUAAGCGGUGCAAUGCAAACACUGAUUGCAGCAACACGAGAUGAUAGCCGAAUACAUAGCGAUGAUGAGUCCAGAUCCGUGGUCAUGGUGAUCGAUGAAUUGGGUCACACCAAUGUCCAGACAACGUAUCAAAUUGUGCCCCAGCAGCUGCAAUUGCAGGGCGGUAGGGCAACAUUGUCCUCAUUACUUCCGGUACACCAAGAUCGACACGAUCACGAUCAAAGUCCAGUUGAUUUUGUUGGCACGGACAUCAGUCUGGAUGGUCUAACCGUGAGCACUUCAUCCCAAAUUGUGGCAGUCAAACAGGAGCACAAGCUGGUUAUCGUUCAUCGUAAUGAUCAAGGCGAUGAUCAUGGUAAUGAUCACGAUCGUAUUAUGACGAACAUAAGUGUUAUUGAUGAGCUAUCAUCUGAUGGAGGCGUGGGAGGAGGGGAAGUCACCUUAAAUCAGCAUCAUCAACAGCUAUUGGAAGAGCAACAGCUUCAUCAUCAUCAUCAUCAUAAUCAUCACCAUCAUCAUCAGCAGCAGCAGCAGCAACAGCAACAACAGCAUCAUCAACAGUAUGGUCAACGUAACGACCUAAUCCAUCACCAGGACGACGAGGAGGAGGACGUUGACGAGGAUGACGUUGAAGACGAUGAUCGCGAUUCAACUGGACAUGGACACGAUCACGAUCACGAUCACGAUCACGGACACGGACACGAUCACCUGCUGAGCCCAGCACUGGGCGUUGUGGAUAGCUCUCUGGAGCAUAGCACGUAUCAGACAUUAACAUCGGUCAACAAUCGCCUAUCCCCGCCGGGAUUUAGCCCAACAUCGUAUGCAACCCUGACGCCCAUCCAACCGCUUCCGCCCAUAUCGACAAUGUCGGAUAAAUUCGCCUAUGCGGGCCACAUAUCCGGCAGUGCCAACUCAUCCGGGAAUGCGAACGGGAAUGGGAAUGGGAAUGGGAACGGGAACGGGAACGGUAGUGGCAGUGUGACAUCAACUGGCAGAUCUGCAGAUAAUUCCAGCAAUGACUGCGGAUCAUUCACCAGCUUACCCAUGGGAGUGCCCAUUGGUAGUGCCCAUCAGGGAUCCCUGAGCAAUCUAAGCUUGGGCGUAUCGCCGUACUCAUCCUAUGACAAGUUACCUUCGUUGAUAUCACCUCCGCCCCACAACUAUGCCAGCUCACCGUCGCACGCUCUCUCAGAUCAGAUCGGCAUUGUUGGAUCAUGUGAACUGCACAGUCAUAGUUCAUCGGUUCCUUCACCCGGUCCCGGUACCUGUCCCGGUCCGGUGUCAGUUGGUCUCUCGCCGCAUUCCCAUUCGCCACAACUACAGGACAACUCCGGGCACAAAUCCGUAACAGUUGGCCACACUGGCCAACAUGGUCAUGUGCACAACCAACAAGCCAGUCAGGCUCAGGCUCAGGCUCAGGCUAUGCAACUCGUCUCGGUCGCCUUGCAAAAGCAGGUAAUUUGCCUGUCGCCAUCGAGUGUCAUUGCCGAUGGGGGAGUCGUCGGCGUCGGCAUUGGCGUUGGCGUUGGCAGUGACUACGAGUCCUCGUACAGCGCACAUCAGCAUGAGCACGAACUUCUAAUGGCAACGUCGUCCACAUCGACCAAUUCGACGGGCGGUCGAAUUCACAGUCCAACACUGAGUCCACAUUCAGUGUCCGCUGGUUCGGUUGUCUCCAUGUCCCUACAUUCACCCCAUAUCAAUGGAUCCGUUGCGAAUCUGUCUGUCGAAUUGCCCGUCGUGGUUGCAUUGACACCAACGCCACCGCCUGGCAGUGAUAAUGGAUCUGGAUCCAUUGCCGUUGGUCUUUGCGAUAUUUCUAAUAUUCAAACUAGCAAUAAUAUCAAUGUGUGCAAUUUAAGUCAACAACAUCCGAAUGGAUUUCUCAGUGAUCAACAGCAACCAAAACUCAAUACAACAGCAACAGCAACAACAUCUGCAACUUCAGCAACAUCUGCUUCCCGUUCAGCUGGCAAUGACAUGGAGGAGAUUAAUACCAAGGAGUUGGCACAACGCAUCUCCGCCGAGUUGAAGCGUUAUAGCAUACCUCAAGCGAUAUUUGCCCAGAGGGUCCUCUGCCGUUCCCAGGGCACCCUCUCGGAUCUGUUGCGCAACCCGAAGCCAUGGUCGAAGCUCAAGUCCGGUCGGGAGACCUUUCGUCGCAUGUUCAAGUGGUUGCAGGAGCCAGAAUUUCAGCGUAUGUCCGCAUUGCGUCUUGCCGCCGCCCAAAUACCGCAGCGUCCAUCAGGUGCAGUUACUUCUGGGACGGCAGCGGGAUUAGGUGGAUCAACAGCUGCAGGAACGGGAGGAGCAGUAGGAGGAGGAGGAGGAGGUAUGUCAACGGGAUCCAACUCGACAGCUUCAUCGACGGCAAACACUGUAUUCCUCACAAGCACAACUCCGAGUGCCACACACGUAUCGGGUAGCGUUGUCAACUGUCGCCGCAAGGAGGAGCCACAUAUAGAACAAAUGCCUCAACCUAAGAAGCCCCGUUUAGUAUUUACAGAUCUGCAGAGACGAACAUUACAAGCAAUUUUUAAAGAAACAAAGAGGCCUUCAAAGGAGAUGCAAGUGACGAUUGCUCGUCAAUUGGGAUUGGAGCCGACGACGGUCGGCAAUUUCUUUAUGAAUGCCCGACGGCGAUCGAUGGAUAAAUGGCGUGAUGAUGACACUAAGAAUAUACAACAUGCUCACAAUCGACAGCAGGAUGUGUCCUCUGGCGAGGAGCGGGACAGAGAUAGGGACCGAGAAAGGGAGAGGGAAAGAGAGGGAAAUGAGACGCAUGGACAUUAUGGGAGUCUACAUACGACAGCGAUGUCACCGCUCGGCAACUUUGAUGAUGAAGGCGAAAUGGACUUGGAACUGGAGAAUCACGAUUUCCUUGUUGAUGAGCACGAUGAUGGGGAUGAUCAUGAUGAUAUGUUGUGACACAAUAGCAAAUAUAAGCGAAGACAGUUUGAAAACUCCUUAUCCAAACUAAAACAUAAGCAACACUUGAGAAAUCAAUCUUCCUGCACUCGCACUUGCUCUGAUAACGAUAACGAUAACGAUAACCAUUUCGAUACCGAAUCCGAUGAUAAUACGCACUCAAGUCCCAUUAGAGGAAUGGCUCGAACAUCUUUGCGGCUUCGCAAUUGCAAACCAUCCCGUAGGGUGGGUAGCACCAACAUCAUUGUCAAGCACGAGGAAGGAACCAACAUAGAUCAAGUCAACAAUAACAA